UUGGGCGCACAGACGGCGCAGGAGCCACUUGUAAUGCCAACAUAACAUAUGUGGCUCGAUUUAUGGUCCUCAUUCCGUUGCCAGAUGGAGGAGUCAUCAAGCGGAAUGGCAACAUAUAACAUACUUUAAGGCACACACUUCCAAAUUGAACACAGUAGGUAAUAGAAAAGAAACACAAAUACUUAGAAACAAAGCAAAACACAAUACGCGAUUGAAAAGAGAUCUCUUGCAGGCAAUGUCCCCAGUAAAGACAGAGACAGAGACACUGACACCACAGCAACGACAACUGGCCGAUGGAAUCGUCAAGUGCAUCUGUCGUGGCAACUACGAGAAGGCUCUGAAUGCGCUGAAUUACAUGGUCGGGACAUUGCCACCCAUGCAGGAGAACUUGCUGCGUCAGAUCCUCAAGCGUUUGCAGCGCAUGCACAAAAAGUUGGACUCACAGAUCAAUGAGUUGCAGUUGCAGCUGCCGCAUUUGGAUGCAAGUGUGAUUCGUGGCAUGGACACGCAUAUACCACGCAGUGUCCUAACCGAGAUCUAUGAGCUGAUGCUCCGGCUCAGCUUUGAGCAGUUCCAUCUGCAAUUGGAGCACAUGCAAUGGGUGGAGUAUUCGGUGAUAAGGCACACACUAAUCCUCUACGAGCAUUGCACCAAGUUGAAGGCGGCACAGCUGGCUUUGGAUAGACAUCAGUUGAUGUCCGGCAUGCGUAUGGAAUUAUAUGUUCUCUACUCUCUCAUACUUCCCAUUGGCAUUUAUUUGGUGUCCUUUUUCUUUUGAGCGUCCAUUAAAAUAUCGCAAAAAUUGUUUGUUCUGCAAGUUAAAAA